AUGCAGCAAAACAAGAGUGUAACUGAGUUCGCGCUGCUAGGAUUGACACAGGAUACUAUGAGGCAGAAAAUGGUGUUCAUAAUCUUCUUAAUUUUCUACACUGGAACUCUAGUGGGGAAUUUGCUCAUUAUUGUGACCAUCCAGUUCAGCCGGGCUCUUGGGAGCCCCAUGUACUUCUUCCUGUUUUAUUUGUCCUUUGCUGACACAUGCUUUUCAACUUCCAUAGCCCCUAGGCUAAUUGUGGAUGCUCUCUCUGCAAAGAAAAUCAUAUCCUACAAUGGGUGUAUGAUGCAAGUUUUUGCACUGCACUUAUUUGGCUGCAUGGAGAUCUUUGUCCUCAUCCUCAUGGCUGUUGAUCGCUAUGUGGCCAUCUGUAAGCCCUUGCGUUACCCAACCAUUAUGAAACAUCACGUCUGCAUCAUCUUGAUUAUUCUGGCCUGGAUUGGGUCUUUUAUACAUUCAAUAGCUCAGAUUGCCCUGGCCUUGAAACUGUCUUUCUGUGGACCCAAUUUGAUUGAUCAUUAUUGCUGUGAUUUGCAGCCUUUAUUAAAACUUGCCUGUAUGGAUACUUAUGUGAUCAACCUACUGUUGGUGUCCAAUAGUGGAGCCAUUUGCUCAAGUAGUUUCUUGCUUCUGAUGAUCUCAUACUUUGUUAUCUUGCGUUCGUUGAAAAAUCACAGUGCUGAAGGGAGGAGAAAAGCCCUUUCCACUUGUACCUCUCACAUCAUUGUUGUCAUCUUAUUCUUUGGUCCAUGUAUAUUCAUGUAUACACGUCCACCUACCACUUUCCCUAUUGACAAGAUGGUGGCAGUGUUUUAUACCAUUGGGACGCCCUUUCACAAUCCAAUCAUCUGCACACUAAGGAAUAAAGAAGUGAAAAAUGCCAUGAGAAAGCUAUGGUUGGUCAAAAUUACUUCAGAAAACAAAUGA